GAAGAAGUGACGCGACGCAUCACGAAGUCAAGAUGGCGCUGAGCGGCGGUUGGCCGUGUUUAUGGAAGACGUGCCGAACCCUGCCGUCCAGAAUCCGGAUCCUGUACCCGGCGGGGGCGGCGGUUCGAUCCUGCAGUUCGCGGAGCCUGGAGCUGGUGCCGCGGACCUCGCUGUCCAGGCCGCCGUGGCCUGAGCUGUCGCGCCUGGACCUGGAGGAGGAGCGGCGCCGCCACGCGGCCGUGGUAGUCCAGGUGAACCGGAUCAUCGCCCAGCAGGACUUUGGACGCCUGUUCGCUGUGGUUUUCUUCGCCAGCCGGCAGUGGAAGGUCACAGACGAAGACCUGAUCCAGUUCACUGGCCACAUCGACGCGGAGUGCGGGGACCGGAUCCGGAUGGAGAAGGUGCUGAUGGUCGGGGCGCAGGACUUCAGCCUGAUCGGCAGACCUCUGCUGGGCCGAGACCUGGUCCGGGUCGAGGCCACGGUCCUCGAGAAGACCGAGUCCUGGCCCCUAGUCCACAUGUGCUUCUGGAGGCGGCACCGCUUUCAGCGCAAGCGGUUCAUCGUCCGGCCGCAGACGGUUCUGAGGAUCAACCGGAUCGAACUGGCCCCGAACCUGGCCUGAGGAUCCGGAUUACAGACUAUCGGCACAAAUCGGAAAAGUGUUUUGGACUCUUUAUGUGUCAGAUUUGUGCAGUUUGCGUUUCUAACUGUAAAUAAAGUUGUUUUCCUUAU